AAACAACAACAAUCACGCUCCAUAAAGCACCACUUUCCUUCCUCCUAAUUUCUUUCUUCUAAAUAAUAUUUUCACCAUUUUAAUUCAACUCACUCCAUUACAAAAUUUUCUCUUUUCCCUUUUUUCUAAUGUUAAAAAAUAAAAAUGAGAAUAGAAAUGAAAUGAAAUGAUCCAAAUAUACAACAUCUGAGUUGAGAAGAAAGAAAACCCACCUCAGAUUUUCCAGGAUUUUUGGUUAUUACCAUCAUCAUGUGGGAAUCUGAAAGUGAGUCAGUUGCUGAACGUGAGUAUGGGAAUGGAGUUCUUAGCUCAAGCAAACAUGGUGUUAAAACUGAUGGGUUUGAGCAACGUGGACGUGACUGGUAUGUGGCUACUGAUAUUCCCAGUGAUUUGCUUGUUCAAGUUGGAGAUGUUUGUUUUCAUUUGCACAAGUAUCCCCUUCUUGCAAGGAGUGGAAAGAUGAAUAGAAUUAUAUAUGAAACCCGGGACCCGGAUAUGAGUAAGGUUGUUCUUGAUGAUAUUCCUGGAGGGGCUGAAGCUUUUGAGCUAGCAGCAAAGUUUUGUUAUGGAGUAGCUGUUGAUCUAACGGCUGCUAACAUAUCCGGCCUUCGUUGUGGCGCGGAGUAUCUUGAAAUGACUGAGGAUUUAGAAGAAGGCAAUCUUAUAUUCAAGACAGAAGCUUUUCUGAGUUAUGUUGUUUUGUCUUCAUGGAGAGAUUCCAUUGUUGUUUUGAAGAGUUGUGAGAAGCUCUCUCCUUGGGCUGAGAAUCUUCAAAUUGUGAGAAGAUGUAGUGAGUCUAUUGCUUGGAAGGCUUGUGCUAAUCCUAAAGGGAUUAGAUGGGCUUAUACUGGGAAACACCAGAGUGUUUCAAGCCCGAAAUGGAAUGAAAGGAACGAAUCUAGCCCGAGUAGGGGUCAGCAACAAGUUCCUCCUGAUUGGUGGUUUGAAGAUGCUUCAAUUCUAAGGAUUGAUCAUUUUGUUAGAGUCAUUACUGCAAUUAAAGUAAAGGGUAUGAGAUUUGAGCUUAUUGGAGCUGCAAUAAUGCAUUAUGCAUCUAAAUGGCUACCGGGUUUGAUAAGUGAAGAUGGAUUUGUAGUUGGAGAUGAAGGCAGCCACAGCAGCAACAGCAACACUAGUAGCAGUGGAGCUGCCAGUUGGAAAGGCGGGCUUCAUAUGAUUCUCGCAGGGACUAAAGAAGACAUCCCAACGGUGCAGGCAAAAGAUCAACGGAUGAUAAUUGAGAGCUUGAUUAGUAUUAUACCGCCGCAGAAGGACAGUGUCUCCUGCAGCUUCCUUCUUAGGCUGCUGAGAAUGGCAAACAUGUUGAAAGUGGCACCGGCUUUGGUGACUGAGUUGGAGAAGAGAGUGGGAAUGCAGUUUGAGCAAGCCACUUUGGCUGAUCUUUUGAUUCCUAAUUUCAACAAAGGAGAGACUAUGUUUGAUGUUGAUCUUGUUCAAAGACUUUUAGAGCAUUUUCUGGUUCAAGAACAGACUGAAGGUUCAAGUCCAAGCAGGCAAUCAUUUUCAGAUAAACACAUGUAUGAUGCAAGCCAAAGAGCUGCUCUUGCUGGUCCUAAUGCCAAGAUGAGAGUAUCUAGGCUUGUUGAUAGUUACCUUACUGAGGUGUCUAGAGACAGAAACCUCUCUCUCACUAAGUUUCAGGUACUGGCUGAAGCUUUGCCUGAAUCUGCAAGGACAUGUGAUGAUGGCCUUUAUAGGGCAAUAGAUUCCUAUCUUAAGGCUCAUCCAACACUCUCUGAGCAUGAAAGGAAGAGACUUUGUCGAGUAAUGGAUUGUCAAAAGCUAUCGAUCGAUGCUUGUAUGCACGCUGCUCAGAACGAAAGGCUUCCAUUGAGAGUAGUAGUCCAAGUACUCUUCUCAGAACAGGUCAAGAUAAGUAAUGCCUUAUCCAAUACUACACUGAAAGAGGCUGCAGGAGAGUCCCAGUUCCAACCAAUGGUCUCAAACAGAAAAAGUCUACUUGAAGGGACCCCACAAUCAUUUCAAGAAGGAUGGGCUACUGCCAAAAAAGACAUUAACACACUAAAGUUUGAGCUGGAGACUGUUAAAGCCAAGUAUGCUGAACUCCAAAACGACAUGGAUACCCUUCAACGACAGUUCGAAAAGAUGUCAAAACAAAAACAAGGAUCUGCUUGGACAAGUGGAUGGAAGAAACUUGGUAAACUUACAAAGAUGACACACAUUGAGAACCAUGAAAUUGGUUCUCAGCUCCCUACAACAGCUGCAGAUCAGCAGACCAAAAAGACUCCUAGAAGGUGGAGAAACUCAAUAUCUUAAGAGAGAGAGAUACAUAUAAAGAAAUAGAGAUUGAUUGGUUUUUUUUUUCUUUUCCAAAAGUGAUUUUCAUUUUUUAUUUGCAAGAAAAAAUGAAGGCCUUUUCUUUCUUUUUUUGUUUCUUUAGUACAGUGUUUUUGGGGAAACUAGCAUAAUAAUUGACACUAAAUUCUGUUAGUUGUCUUCAGUGAGUGACCCCUUUUUUCUUUCUGCUUUUUGUAAUGUAAAUGGAUUUUUGAACUUUUUGUCUUUUCACUUUAAAGAAUGAAACAGCCUUGAGCUGUAAAAUCACAUAGAAA